AGCAACCCGCCUCUAGGUGGAGGGCCCUCCCCGCCGGAUACGCUCUUGAUCGUCGGGCCUGCGGACCACGUUAGCUUGUCUGGCUGCGCCGGUCGCGGAUUGUCGCGGACGUGGCGAACGCUACCGAUCGUCUCUGAUGCAAUGGUGGAGUCGGGUGGCUUCUGGACCCCCUUCGAAUAUAGCGAGUACUGUUUGUCACUGGCACAAAGAGGAUAGGCUCUGACGACGAGACGCGCGAGGCCGCUGUGCCUUGCUUCAGCUCGUCGGCCAUUCAUCCUCCGCGCUACCUCCUUUCCUUGCAGGGCUUGGUUGGUCGACAUCAUUGCCGCGCAUCACGAUUCGGUCUUUCUAGUGGGUUGGCAUGCCUCGUUUGUGCCCGACGAUCCACGCUUUAGUGGACUCCACCCCCCCAACCCCGGAUAACAACCAACGGCACGGUGUUAGUGUGGAGUCGCGUUCUCAGUGACUGGGAGCUUUCGAGGCCCAUAGAUGAGCAGAUGCCUCCCAAGGCCUCUGUGAAGGGCCGCAUUGGAACGUAUCAGUUCAUGUCCGUGAACCUCCUCCAGUACCCUUCGGAGACUUCCAAGGUUGCGGACGAGCUCGAGUCGUUCUUCUACCUCAUGGUCUACAACGCCUUCCGCCAUCUGCGUUCGAGCUGCAACGACCCCGCCUGGUGGGUCACGACAUGCUUCGAUCACUACGCCGGCCCGCCGUAGGACGGUCUGACCGUCACCCGGAGGACUCCGACGAUGUGACUGUACAAUCAUCGCUCUGGAACGCGGCCCCCACUACCGUUGCCACUGGAUAUUCUCUCGACAAUUUACCACUGCGACGAAAGUGCGCUUGCCCUGCAUUAUACGUUAGCAAGUCGUAUCUCCUGUUUGGCGAUCACCUUGCGGCGUUGCUUCCGGACUUGAGCAAGCUCGAUUGCCGCUACUUGAACACUCCGCUACAUACACGGGGCCGGCUACUAUGCUGUGACCCCGAUAUCGCUACUCAGGAGAAUCGAAAGGUUUCCUCUUCAACCACCCCACGCGACGGCGCUGACUGACCGGCCGAUUCCACGUGGGAUCCUUCGAAGACCGAACUUUCGUCUUCGCAGGUCGCUGGAUGCAAGAUGCAAGAUAUCAGCUGCGCGCUGGUACUUAGGAGACAACUCGGAUUCGCACCUGUCGUUUCCUGGAAUUCGUCCGCUGGACAGAAACCCCUUCGUCCUCUUGUUUUCGUCAUCGUGGGGUCAUUUCCCCGCGAUGGCUCUCGAUGCCCCUCCUCCGUCCGAGCGCCCGUAUCUCCUACUCAGGUGUCGGAGUGCGGGCGCGCGUCCACCGGGAAACGCUUUCGCUGUAGCGAUGUCUUGCGGGGCGGCGCCUUAGGCAUCGGUUAACCUCGUGGGGCGUCUAUACGCCUAAGACAAGACAACCUUGGCAACGCUCCCAUCAUGGUGGCUCCAUCGCCGUACAACUCCCAGCUUCAGCAACGAUGGGAUAUGAUCAACCGGUUGUGUCACGUGACCAGAUGGCUUCGCGAGGAAGUAACCUGAUGGGUUCAUCGUACCUCUUUGUUGAUGUGAGAACUAUAUGCAAUCUACAUCGCCA